AUGGACGUUGCAUUAGAGCUUGCUGACGAGUAUUUAUUUGACAGCAUAUACGCAAAACUAGUACCAGCACACACUUCAGUCAAUGGCACUGCCCUUGAUGAUCUUGUCGCCACUUCAGCAUGGGCGCGCGAUUAUGACUUGCGCAUCUGCCUGACUAUCAUGUGUCUGGUCACCGUUGGCGGUUGGUUCUUUUACCUCUCGGCAGCAACCUUUUCGUACUUUGUUCUCUUUGACCACGAAUACAUGAACCACCCCAAGUUUUUAAAGAACCAAGUUCGCCUCGAAAUCGACUGUGCUGUCAAGGCUGUUCCCGGUUUUGCUUCUCUUACCGUACCUUGGUUCUGGGGUGAAGUAAAGGGCUACUCUCUGCUGUACGAAGGCUUGCCUACUUCUGUUCUUGGUUGGGCCUACAUGGUCGCAACCGUUCCGUUGUUCCUGCUCUUCACUGACUGUGGUAUCUACUGGAUUCACCGCUAUUUGCACCAUCCCCUUCUCUACAAGCGUUUGCACAAGCCUCACCACAAGUGGAUUGUCCCUACACCGUUCGCAUCGCACGCUUUCCACCCAUUGGACGGCUAUGCUCAAUCCGUGCCCUAUCACCUGUUUGUGUACCUCUUCCCCAUGCAAAAGUGGUUGUAUAUCGGCAUGUUCAUUUUCGUCAACAUCUGGACAGUCAUGAUUCACGAUGGAAACUUUGUCUCGCGUUCAACAAUUAUUAACACGAGCGCUCAUCACGCCGUCCAUCAUUUGUACUUUAACUUCAACUACGGUCAGUAUUUCACAUUCUGGGACCGUCUGGGUGGAUCUCAUCGCGAACCUACCGAAGAACAAUACAACGACGAGCUCCGAAACAGCAAGAAAACAUGGGCCCAACAGGCUCAAGAUGCCGAGAGCAUCGAAGGCGAAGUUCUUGGAAACAAGAAAAAGAUCAACUAA